AUGCAAAAGGCUAAUUAUCUGGGCUUCUUAGCCCUAUCGAUAAUAUUCCACACGAUCUAUCUUUGUUCAGUCUUUGACAUGUACUUCGUCGAUCCUGUGGUCAGCGGAUCUCAAACUUUCCGGGUUGAAGAUCAUUUGGGACCUGUGGCCCCCGCAAAACGACUUGUCUUGUUUGUCGGCGACGGCGUCCGAGCCGACAAAACAUUCCAGGGCUUGAUAAGGAAAUCCAAAGAGGCCAAUGAUACAUCGCUUUGGUAUGCCGCUCCGUUUGUACGAUCACGCAUUCUUUCCCAUGGGACUUACGGUGUUUCACACACACGCAUACCCAGCAAAACCCGUCCGGGCCACAUUGCCAUUACCGCUGGCGUUUAUGAAGACAUUUCUGCUCUCACCGCAGAAUGGAAUCCACUUGCCGGGGAGAUCGACACGAUCUUCACGCGGAGUCACCGCACAUGGAUGUGGGGAAGUCCGGAUUUAGUGCCCGUUUUGAAGGGCAAUUCAGGUCACCAGCGGAUAUAUAUGGAUACCUACGACGAAUCUCUUGAGGACUUUGCAGCCAAUGCCACGCAGCUGGAUACAUGGGUGUUUGACAAAGUCAAAGAUAUUUUUCACCGUGCCAAGAAUGAUCGACAUUUAGAACUGUCAUUGAGGGAAGAUAGAAGUAUAUUUUUUCUCCACCUUCUCGGACCUGACACUACGGGACAUGCGUAUCGACCAUCUUCUCAAGAAUAUCUGGACAAUAUCAGACACGUCGACAACGGUGUUCAGGAGAUCACCCGACUAGUUGAAGAUUUCUUUGGCGACAACCGGACGGCCUUUGUUUUUACAUCUGAUCAUGGCAUGAGUGAUUGGGGUAGCCACGGUGAUGGGAAUCCAGAUAAUACUCGUACUCCGCUGGUGGCAUGGGGGGCCGGUAUAGCAAAGCCACAGCUCACUAGGAAUGCAGGGGCAACUUCAGAGAAGGACUUGCUCUCAUCAAGAUGGGCACUCGACCACAUACAGAGACACGAUGUCCAGCAAGCUGACGUGGCGGCCCUAAUUACGUUCCUCUUGGGCAGUGAGUUUCCUGUCAGCUCAAUCGGACGUGUUCCUUUGCCUUAUCUGGAUGUGGGCUUGGAACUGAAGGCGCUUGCGGCCUUAAUAAAUGCAAAAGCUAUAUUUGAACUGUAUCGAGUGAAGGAAGCUCGCAAAAAGGCACAGAAGAUCGGAUUCUCUCCUCACAGGAUGUUCAGCAGUGAAAACUACCGCCCAGAGCAGCAAAUCUCAAAAAUUCAAGAUCUUAUAUUAGCGGGCAAGUUGGAACAGGCAAUUCAGGAGUCUUGGGAUGUGUAUUUCAGAACAAGAGAAAGCCUCGAUUAUCUGCAAACCUACGACUGGGCAUUUCUUGGAACCAUUGUGAUAAUGGGCUACCUGACAUGGAUCCUGUUUGUCUUGAACCAAGUCCUUGAUACACACCUGCUACGGAAUCCCAAGCCAUCCAGCAGAUCUCGAAUUCGAAUCUGUAUAUUCUGUUGCGUUCUACUUGGUUUAUUCUCCGUGUUCCGAUAUGAAUAUGCGCCCUGGAGGUAUUAUCUAUAUGCUGUAUUCCCUACUUUCUUUUGCGAGCAGUUAUUGGCAAAGCGAAUAUCUUUCUCCGAUGGGAUUGCAAUGUUGGCGCCCAAAAAGCCAGGUCUUUUGAUCAGCGACAGUUUUGGCCUUGGUGCAGCGAUUGUGCUCUGUUAUUUGGAAGAUUUGGUUAGCAUCUACUUUGAUCGAAAGAUGGUAACAUACUCAUUCUGGAUAGCAUCCUUUUAUCCGAUGUUAUAUGGCUGGUCCUUCUUAUGCCGAAAUUAUCUCAUUUCCAUUGGAUGGGCGCUUUGCUGUGUCCAAAUGAGCAUUUUUACACUUGCACCUGCCUUGAAAGUUGAGGACACCUACCUCAUCGUAUUAGGUGGCAUACUUAUAUCUCUAACAGGGAUUUUGUAUCUCUAUUAUGAGUCCGCCGUAGCCCCUUUUUUCAACUGUGUGCCAAGCAAAAAGAGCUCCCGACUGGCAUUAGGUAUCCAGGUACAUUGUAUCCCGAAUCGACGAAAUUUAAUAUAUCUUAGCUUACAGAUUGAGCAGGUCGUGCUGGUGAUUUUCGCUUUGCUUGUAGCAAGAUCUAGUGCGUUAUCACUAAAAGACAAACAGGGUCUGCCUACUGCCAACCAAAUUCUGGCUUGGUCUCUUUCAGGGGCAUCUCUCGCAUUUCGACUAGUUCAUCGCUUCAAUCAAAAUGCCUCCGACUUGACUCAUCUGAUGGCGACCUUUCUGUCCUUUGCGCCCAUUUAUAUUCUGUUAACAACCUCUUAUGAGUCUUUGUUCUAUCUCUCCCUCUGGAUAACGCUAUUAAUUUGGCUUGGACUGCACUACGCUAUACUCCGAUAUAACCAAUCACCCUCAUCUAAGCCAGCUAAACACAGAGUCGCCCAUGAAGGUAUGGUAAUUACCAGAAGCAUCUGUGCCGAAUCAAAGCAUGCCCCUCCGACAGUCACUUUUCAGGCCUGCAACGUGCUCGCGGUCUGCUUUCUCCUACAUGCAGCCAUCUUCAGUGCAGGAAAUACAUCUUCUCUGUCAUCUUUCUCGCUAGAGGGUGUCUGUCGCUUUAUCACAACCUUCAGCCCAACAGCUCAAGGGGGACUAUUAGGCAUCAAACUCUUUAUACCGCUUUCUAUGGUUCUUGGGAUAAUCCGCGUUUUGAAUAGCUCUACAGGGCUAACUCCCGGAGCAUUGUUUACAAUGGCCACCUGCCUGUUAGAUUUGGUCAUAUUACGAUUUUUCUUAACGCUGAAGAGCACGGGUGGCUGGUUUGUGGUCGGAGUGGGUAUCAACCAUUUUCUUCUCGCCAAUGUAUUACUUAUAGGGGCCAGUGUACUUGAACUAGCUAGCUUUGUCGGUUAA